AUGCGCGACAAGGCCGCAGACGUCUGGCGAGGAACCAUCAUGAUCUGCACCGAAGAUAUGUCGUCAGACCUCUCCACCACCCCCUUUCUCACAAUCACGUCCACCAAUGGCUUCCAAAACACUCUUGAGGCGAAAAACAUCCUCUCCGAAAUGGGCAUCUCGUUCUGGAGAUGGUCCGUGGAGAUCCCCAUGACCAACGAGGAGCAGAAACUGCACUACCGCAUCAACGAGGAGGCUGCUGCUGCCAGCUUCUUCGUGCCUGCUCUCGAGCAGUCCAUGAACGUGGUUUUCCACUCGUGCAACGGAUUCUCCAUGGGUGUGGACCCCUCUGUGUUCAAUGGCUCCCUCUGGACAGACGUCAUGAAGGAGCACGAGAAGGCCCACUACCACGUUAUGCUCGGAGGAGGAGACCAGAUCUACUGCGACUCGGUCAAACAGUACACCGAGCACUUCAAGGAGUGGAUCGAGGCCGAACAUGGCCACAAGGACCGAAUCAAGUGGACGCCGGAAAUGAGAGACGAACUCCACCGAUUCUACCUGUUCCACUACAUGGCCUGGUUCGGAGCUGGAUUCUGGAGAGGCCCCAAGGGCUCGACCCAGCAGACCAACCUUCCCCUUGCGUUUGCAUCCAUUCCCAUGAUCAACAUUUUUGAUGAUCACGACAUUAUCGACGGUUUCGGCUCCUAUCCUGAGAAAACCAUGACUGGACCUGUGUUUGGAGGUAUCGGACGAGUCGCCUACAAGUACUAUAUGUUGUUUCAGAACCAGACGUUGGUUGACAUUGAAGGAGGGGCUCGAGACAACCUGACUGACGACGUUGAGGACCCCAGUUGGGUGCUUGGAGCCAAAACAGGUCCCUACAUUCACAAUCGGUCUCGAUCCAUCUAUGCUCGUCUUGGAAAGAGCAUUGCCUUUCACGGUCUGGACUGCCGAACUGAACGAAAGAUUGACCAGAUUAUCACUCGAGAGACGUACCAGCUCAACUUUCAGCGUAUCGAAAAGGAGCUGGCAGCUGCCAAGGGCGAGAUCAAGCAUCUGCUGCUUAUGAUCGGUGUCCCCAUGGCCUACCCGCGACUCGUCUGGCUCGAGAGACUGCUAACCUCUCCGCUGUUGGCCCCUAUCAGAUACCUGUCUAGACGUAAAGUCGUUGCUGCUGGUCUGGUGAACGAGUUUGAUGGCCGAGUGGAGAUUCUUGAUGAUCUCGAUGACCAUUGGUGUGCUCAGCGACACAAGAAGGAGCGAAAUGCGUUGGUUGAGCGUUUGUUUGAGCUUGCCCAAAAGUACUCGGUCCGAAUCACGAUUCUGUCUGGAGACGUGCAUCUGGCUGGCAUUGGACGGUUCUAUACCAAGUCUUUGAACCCCACCAAGCACCACAAGGUGUCUGUCCCCGUUAUCAACGACCAUAGAAACAUGCUGAACGUCAUUUCUUCAGCUAUUGUGAACACACCUCCUCCGGACACCAUGGCCGAUUUCCUUAACAAGCGGAACAAGGUGCAUCAUUUCGACUUCAAGACCGACGAGAACAUGGUCUCGAUUUUCCCCUGCGACGUCGAUGGCUCUCACAGAAACAACAAGCGCCUGUUGCCCCGGCGAAACUGGUGCUCCAUCAUUGAGCUGGAUAAUCUACAAAAGUUUGAUCCCAAGGCUGCUCGAAUCGGCGAGAACCGACGUCCGGGUCCAAUGGGGCCCGACUUUAAAACCUCCGGAGACUACACUACGCACAUGGGUGGAGGAUCCAAGAGUCAACAUGCGGGUAAGAAGGUGGAACACAUCAGCUCCAAGCCUGUCGAGGAGGAGCUUCCCAUCGAGGCUCUUCCAUCGUCUCUUUCUUUGGCUCUGCGUAUUGAGAUUGAUCCCAGCAAGCCCAGUGGAGACACCAACCCCUACGAGAUUCUCAUUCCCGAGCUUCAGCUGCGGCCGUCCAGUGGGUUGUCAUCCAAGCUCAGCAGCAAGGCCUGA